AUGGCGGAACGUGUCAACUCGAAUAUGCUCUUUGCGAACUUCAACCAGGACUUUACGUGUAUAUCCGUCGGCACGCGGAAAGGCUACAGCAUCACGAACUGUGACCCGUUCGGAAGGGUGUAUACCCAGAGUGAUGGCGCGCGGGGGAUCGUGGAGAUGCUGUUCUGCACAUCGCUCAUUGCGCUAGUGGGUGCUGCAGACCAACCACAGUCCAGUCCCCGGAAGCUCCAGAUUGUGAACACAAAGAGACAGUCUAUGAUCUGCGAGCUCCUCUUUCCUUCUUCUAUCCUUGCUGUCAAGUUGAAUCGUAAGACACUGGUCAUUGUGCUCGAGGUUGAGAUCUACAUCUACGACAUCUCGAAUAUGCGACUCAUGCACGUAAUAGAGACGACCCCGAACCCUGACGCUAUCGUCGCCCUCUCACCAUCCGCCGAAAACUCCUAUCUCGCCUAUCCAUCUCCUGUCCCCUCGCCAACAUCUCCCCUGACCCAGCCCUCCGCACAGCCUUCCACCCCAUCGACGCCCGCUCAACAGACUGGAGAUGUGCUCAUAUUCUCGACUCGCUCCCUGACCGUUGCGAAUGUCAUUCAGGCGCAUAAAUCGCCCAUCUCUUUUCUCUCGAUCAACUCGACCGGGACCCUGCUCGCGACUGCAUCCGACAAGGGCACUGUCAUCCGCGUGUGGAGCAUUCCUGGUGCGGAAAAGCUUUACCAGUUUCGCAGAGGCACUCGCGAGGCGCGAAUACACUCGAUCAACUUCAAUCUCGUCUCGACGCUACUCGCAGUUAGUUCUGCCCAUGAUACGGUGCAUAUUUUCAAGCUUGGCCAACAGAAGUCGGCAGGGUCAGGGUCGAGUGGGAGGACUCCGUCCAGCCCUUCGGAGUCAGUGGACAGCCGGGAGGGCACGCACAACCUGGAUGGAGGGUAUGAUGCAUACGUGGACAAGAAGCGGAACGGAAGCGUAUCUUCGAGUUUACGACGAAAAUCGAUGCACUUGACGAAGAACAUUACAUCCUCUGUCGGGGGAUACUUACCAAAUACACUGACGGAGAUGUGGGAGCCGUCGCGAGACUUUGCGUUCCUUAGGCUCCCAACAAGUGGUGCGCGAUGUAUCGUCGCCCUGAGCGGGACUAUGCCCCAAGUGAUGGUGAUCUCAUCAGAAGGAUAUUUCUAUUCGUACAACAUUGAUCUGGAAAACGGCGGCGAAUGUUCACUUAUGAAACAAUAUAAUCUGCUCGAUUCGACUGACGAAUCGACAGACUAUAGUUGA